UUUUUUGUUUAUUCAAUAACUAUGUCUUCUUUUCUAGGUUAGAUUUAGAUUGCACCUUUAUACCAUAGAUAAAACAUAGCCCACCAGCAAUAGAGGCCACUGAUUUAGUCAGGAGGAUGCGAGGUUUUAUCAAAACAAACAGCAAGACACUAUUUAACCUUUAACACAGCAUAGUACCAUAUGUUUUAUCUAUGAUAGUACCAAUUAAAACUCUACCCUAGUCUAUAGUGUGGUGACAUGGAGUAAAAAUCAAACAGUUCAUAAUUCACUGUUUUUGGGCAGGCUUAAGUAUUUACUUACAUCUAAUGGAAUUUACUGAACCGCUACCGCCACUUAGGAAUCUCUCCGACCAAAACUGAUUGCAUUUUUGGAUUCAGCGUUAAAAAUACUGUUUGGCCAACUUUUAUCUAAAAGUAAACAUUCAUUAAAUGAAUAAUAGGCUAAAAUAUAAUAAAUUUGAACAAUUAAUGAACAAUGGCAGAAAAUGCUGCUCAUAUAACAUCAUCUCUCCAAGCCAAACCAUCAAUCUUUGAAGUAAUAGCACAGGAAUCCUUAUCUGAACUUCUUUAUCCAUCUUUUAAAAUCAUCACCCAGUUUCUUGCUACAAAAAAUCCACCAAAGUACAGCUGGUUAAACGAAUGGUGUGAAGAGGUAUUUUUAGCACUACAUAGCAUCGUCCAACUUCAUUACUUAAACACCAAAGAUGCAUCUUUUGCUGAGUCAUUUUAUGGAAUUUACCGAGUUGAGGGGAACUGCAAAAUGUCAACAAAGACUAGGUGUUGGUCUCUAUUUUGUCUUGUAGGUUUACCUUACCUUGCUCGAAAGACUGAAAAAUAUGUAUCCACCCUCCAAAACCAGAAGUUGUCAUAUUGCCACAAGACUGUGUUGGUCACUUGGAAGACUGUAUCACUUGUACAGUUCUUGAUGUAUCUGACAGGUCGGGCAACUGCUCAUUCUCCUCUUCUAACUUUAGUCAAUCUCAACCUUCAAUAUAUCCCUGAACAGCCUCAAGUAUCCAUGACUUGGACAGAUUGCUUCUCACACCCAAAGGCAUGUAUGAGGAUGGUCAGUAAUGGUCUAACUCAGGGACUGGAGGUUGGAGCUUUCUUUCUGCAAUGUCUUCAGUGGUGGCAUUCUGACGAAUCCAGUGGCAAACUAGCAUCUACUGUCGUACCUCCCCCACCACCUGUGACCUGUGCUGUAGAGGACUCACCCUUUACCUUGUGUCCUGUUUGCCAUCAAAAGUGUCAUAUUGAAACAGCACUUGCCUCAUCUGGGUACGUUUUUUGCUUCCGAUGCAUAAGAGAAGCUAUUUCAGCCAAUCAGCAGUGUCCUGUUACAGGUUUACCAUCUACUCUAGAUCAAUUAGUUAGAUUGUAUCCAUCCACUGAUACUUGAACACAAUAUGCUCCAAGAACAGUGUGUAAGGGAACCAGGCCAGAUAUUCAAGUACACUGGAUGCACAAAUGGGGCAAACCUCAGAAGACCUUAGAAUACUGUUUAAAGAUGCAUGAUAAUAACACUUUUCACCACACUAUGAUGUUUUUGGCUGUAUUACAUACGUUAAUUGGUGGCUGAAAGUUACGUUUUGCUGGCCAUGCCAGCUGUCAUCGUAAUUUGGGGACCGAGCAGGUUUUUACAGGCCGGGGCCGCAAAAUCAGCUGUCCGCUUACUUACUUAAAACAUGAAUGCAUUUUAAAUACACAAUCAAAAUCCAUAGCAUUGCAAUAGAAUUGUGUUAUUGUCACCGUUGCCUAGCAACUAUAUAUAUUUUUAUUUUUGCUGAUUCCUCAAAUUAUUUCUUCACAUAACCUUAUAGUUGUAGUUGUGUUGACUAUCAGUGUGCAUUAUUACAGUGGUGAAUAGUGGUAAUAGGGUAAAGUGUGGUGAAAAAUAGCGUUCGUACCACGGACCGAAAUGGUUUUGCAGCUCUCGAUCGAUUUAAGUUCUCGACUUCGUCUCGAACUUAAAAACUAUCUCGAGCCGGCAAAACCUCAUUUUCGGCCCUAGGUACGAAAUAUACUAUUGAAUAAUAAAAGAACAAUUCAUUCUUGAAUUAUUGUAUACCAAUCCGGUACUAAUAGCUUCAAUAUUUGGCUCAUCAUACUUUGAUGGUAAUGGUUCUGGGUCCUUGUUCUACAUUCCUUUCAAUAAAUUUUGGUUGAUAAAAAGGUAUAGAAUUUAUAUUUUAUUAUUUUUAUGUGAUAUAGUAAUUUAGGUAUGUAUUAAAAUAUUUUAAAAUCUAA